GUCUCAAUUACCAUUCGAGAUCAUUGAUGCCAUCGCUGACGUGGUACUGUAGAUACACUAUCUGGGUUUGGUCAACCGCUAACUGCAUGCCAGCUGCCACAGCACAGCGUUCGAUCCUUGAGUUUGGUUUCCACCAGAUUAUAUGCCGCCCUGUCCCCGCGGCUUCAUCGAACCAUCACCUUCCGUGCGAGGAAUGAAUGGGCUUUGAACAUUCUCGAUGCCCAUCCCUUUUUCCGGGACCACCCCGGCUCCCGCGCCGGCGAGAUCAUCCAGCAUGCCCGGCAGAUAAGGUUCAGCGCUCCGAUUCACAUCGCUAGGUUCCACCGUUGUGUAUACAACAGUCACUUUUUCCUACCGGCCUUGUCCCACAACAGGCCCACAAUUGGAAGCCCGCACGAGUCGACAGCCCAUCAGGCCUUUCUCAAUGAUUUGUCUUAUCAGAUAGAUCAGGUCUUUGCGCGACUGGAGACCGUCUCCAUCCGCUCCUUUCAGUAUGUAUCAAAGGCAUAAGCUGCUGGACUCGCAACUGACCUGUCGCAUGUGGUGCGUAGGGACCUGCCUUCCCGCCGGGAUUCUGGACACCAACGGAUAUCUGGUCCGCCACCAGCAACAGAUCCAUUCGCUUUCCUUGAUCACAGACGGCACCUGUCCUCAUGCCGGCCGUCGUCUAGAGGGCCUAUCGAGUUUGACGGCACUGACUGACCUGGAAUGGGAAGGCAUCCAGCAUCCAUUCGAAAUGCGCACCUUGUGCGAGUGUCUGCGACAUAACCAUCGGCGACUGAAGGCAGUAUCCAUUGGACUUCUGUUGGAUCCGAGCGUACCCACCUCCCAUGAGGAUAUCCUGAAGGUCUUCUGGCCACCGCCAGCGCAGGACGACUGCACGUCGGGUGAGCGAGAAUGGUUCCCAUCACUCACAUCCUUGACAUUCUCGCGCGUCCCGUUCCCCGACAGUCUGCUGCCGGGCGGCCAACCGUCACCGUUCCGCGCGCUCAAGGCGCUAACGGUCCGCGACUGUCCCAACGAGCAGCGCUUCCUGCAGCUGUUGGCGCGAGUCAAGGAUCCGUUGUCCCUGCAGCACUUCGAGAUCUGCAGCGACUACCUGCGCGACUCAGAAGACCGACUGGCGUCCAUUGCGACCGUGGAAUUUCUACUCUCGUUUCGCGGCUUGCGGCGUCUGUACCUGAAGGUGGUCAACUUUCCUCGGUUCCUGCCGGGUCUUGGCGAUGCCAUCAAACAUCACCGAGCCACGCUCCACGGUCUGGUUUUUCACGAGCGACGGCUGAUGCCAAUCGACGCUGAAAGGCUUUUUGAAGAUCUUCGCGAUGUGAAUAUGGCAUCACCGAGUAUCCCGCGAAUCCUACAGCAUAGCUCCCCCGUCGCUCUUGGCCUCUGUCUUCGCCCAGCCAGCGCGGUAAGUGUAUCGUUAGCACCCAUCCCCUCGGCUUUAUGAACUGAUCCACCGUAGCGAGGCCUUCUCUUAGGCAUUCCGGAACGCUCGUCAAUAAAAUUACUCCACCUCCGGCUGAGCG